GACAGCAGCGGAGUCCACCGUAGGUAGUUACUGCGGCUGAAAAGUGCCCAGGCGGUGGAGACAAACUGAACGUCUAGAUCCAGGGGAAGAUGGAUAACAUUUGUGUCGGGAUAUCUCCUUUGUCCGCGUCCAGAGCCGUCCUGUAGGGUGCGGGACAGACAACUCGCCCUUUUAUUGUGUGUGAGCCCAGCAGCGCUAGCUAGCUUAGCCCGGACUGUCAGGCAGGUGAGCGGAGGAGAGCGGGCUGACAAAGGAAGGUGGCGAGGGGACGAUGAACCGCUUCAGAAAGUGGCUGUAUAAGCCCAAGAGGACGGAUCCUCAGCUCCUGGCCCAGUUCUAUUACGCUGAUGAAGAGCUUAACCAAGUGGCCACAGAGCUGGACAGCCUGGAUGGCAGAAAAGACCCUCAGAGAUGUACUCUGCUGGUCAACCAGUUCCGAUCCUGUCAGGACAACGUGUUAAACAUUAUCAGUCAGAUAAUGGAUGAAUGUAUCCCCAAUGACCGGGCCAACAGGGACUUUUGUGUCAAGUUCCCUGAGGAAAUUCGCCAUGACAACUUGGCGGGGCAGCUGUGGUUCGGAGCUGAGUGUCUGGCUGCAGGUUCCAUCAUCAUGAACAGAGAGAUCGAGAGUAUAGCUAUGAGACCGCUGGCUAAAGACCUCACCCGCAGCCUGGAGGAGGUACGCAACAUCACCAGAGACCAGGCGCUGAGAGACCUUAACUUGUACACAGAUCGCAUGAAGGAUGCUUUGCGACAUUUUGACAGCCUUUUCGCAGAGUUUGAGCUCAGCUAUGUGUCAGCAAUGGUGCCUGUAAAGUCUCCCAAAGAUUACGAUAUACAACAGGAGGUGAUUGUACUCUUCUGUGAGACUGUGGAGAGAGCCCUGAAGCUGGGUUACCUCACACAAGACAUGAUUGAUGACUACGAACCUGCAUUGAUGUUUACAAUUCCCAGAUUAGCUAUUGUGUGUGGGCUGGUUGUGUAUUCAGAGGGACCUCUUAACCUUGACCGAAAAUCAGAGGACAUGUCUGAGCUCUUCAGGCCUUUUCGCACUUUAUUGAAGAAAAUAAGAGACCUCUUACAAACUCUCACAGACGAGGAGCUGAUUACGCUGGAGAAGAACCUGUGUAUUUCUCAGGAUGGAGAGUUGUCACCAGGCCCGGCGCUGGCCACAAAUGGCGUACCAGCACCAGUCCAAGAGAACCACUCAUCUUGCAGCCCCAAUAAUGAUGCUUCAAAAGAAGCGGGUGUGGGUGAAGACGAGGACCAACUGCCUGUGUUCGUCUGUCCCAGUAAGAAGGAGGAGUUGGCAGAAAUAGAAAAAGGCUGGGAGGAGGUGGAAACCCAAAGUGGGGAGGAAGAACAGGGGCAGGGCCUUCUCUGUGAGGAGGCAGAGGAGGCAGAGCUGGCGUGCUCCAUGCAGUAUGAUGAGGAAGAGCUCGAGCAACUGAAUAUGAUGGUGUAUCGCGUGGGAGAUGAAAUGUCCACUCUGCUGUCGCCUCCCAGCCAGGGCCAGUCGCCAGCCCAUCACCCCAGCAGAGACAAACUUGGGGGCUGCAGCAGAACUUCUAGCACCGAAGCUUCUCCACGCAGGAUUUUGGGGACCCGAGGAAGAGUAGGCAUCUAUGUCGAAGAGGAGGACAGGGUCUUCUUCAUGGAUGAUUUGGAUGCAGCAGGAGACGGCAUCACCAACAUCUCAAGAGAGGCCUGUAGUUUUAUUAACUCUUCCAAAGAAACUGUUCCUUCUGUGCAGCACAAACCCGGGCCAAGGCCAGACUCUGUUAGGAACGGUUGGUACUCUGAGACUACAUCAGAGCAGCCUUGCCCACAGCCACGAAGCCUGAACACACACUGUCCCAUGCCAAAGGACUCCCCGUGCACCUCUGCCCCUGGUUCCGACUCUCUGCCUUACAGCAACGGCUGGGAGAUGGGUUUAGAAGGAACAGCCUCUGAAACAGCUGAAGUCAUUGCUCACCGCAUGGGAGGGAUGAAGCUGUCUGCUACAGUCAUUUUCAACCCUCACUCCCCCAGCUUGACAGAGCUGGCUGUGGACAAGCUGCUGCUGCCAAGGUCCACCCCCUCUGAAAUUGAGCCAUGUGGCCCCCUGGUGGCGACUCACUGUCUGCUCAACUCCUGUGUUUGCUGUGGGACCUGUGAGGAUGGCCAUGAAGAUGCCAUCAUGACAGAGACCACUGGACUUCCAUUAGGGCCCCAUCUGGAAUUGGACAAACAUUGUAAAACCCACGCCCCGAACACUGUAAUUCAGUCUGCUGCUUCUCAGAUUCCUCGGACUGGUCAUGAAAUUCUUAGUAAGGUUGAGAAUCCGCAGUUUACUCCCCCUCCUUCUGGUAGCUCUGCAGAGGAUUCAAAUACCCAGGUCUGUGAGAAGUGCUUUGUGGUGGCUCCGGGGCAGGGGCAUCACUCUGAGGAGUGUUGCUCCAACAGAGCCAAUGGAGUCUCCCUGUGCAACCACCAACUGAGGACUGAAAAGAAGCCGCCUGCCAGCGGAAGCCAACAUAAGGAUAAGGAGAUGGAUAAAGAUAUUAAACAAGACACCAAAGAGGAUGGCAGGAAUGGCUCCAGUUUUCAGAACUCACCUCUCAGCUCUGUGUCAGAUAGUGACUCUGACAGUGUGUCGGUCACCACAUGUAGCCUGUCAAGCAGUGCAUAUACUCCCAGCCCUGUCAGUAGUUUGACUCCCAGCUCAGGGACAUCAGAGGACCUGUAUCACCAGGAGAUCCAGGUGGCCUUGCACGAAGUCAAGGUGGCAACAAGGAACAAGAUCCGAUCACGUUUUCACAGCAGCAGCGACCUCAUUCACCGCCUCUUUGUCUGCAUAUCAGGUGUUGCUGAUCAGCUGCAGACCAACUAUGCUAGCGACCUUCGCAGCAUCCUCAAGACUUUAUUUGAAGUCAUGGCCACUAAGUCUGAUCAAGGAGACAACGAUAAGCAAAAGAAAGCAGGUCCUGUUCUGCGCAGUGCAGUGCUGGAGGACUGUGCUUUGUGUCAGGAGACGAUUUCCUCUUCGGAAUUGGCCGCCAAAGCCCGGGAGGGGCGUUUCGAAGACCCUCCAGACUGGGUUCCAGAUGAAGCCUGUAACUCCUGCAUUGCCUGCAAGGCUCCUUUCACCGUCAUCCGCAGGAAGCAUCACUGUAGGAGCUGUGGAAAGAUCUUCUGCUCUCGCUGCUCUUCUCAUUCCGCCCCGUUGCCUCGAUACGGCCAGGUUAAGCCUGUCAGAGUUUGCACCCACUGCUACAUGUUUCACGUCACGCCUUUCUACAGUGACAAGGCGGGCAUCUGACCCCAUCAUAAAAAGCACACUGUCAGCUCAAGAACAUAUGCAACUGACACAUCCGCUGCUGUUUACAAAGCAAACGUAAUGCUGCUCCAGUAAACCUUAAUGAUCCUGACAACAAACCACCGUGUGAUGAUUCGAUCUCUCUCUUAGAGUUGCUGAUGCGUCAGUGGAAAUCCAAGUGUUUUUCUGUACCCAUCCAACGCAACUGCGAAAGACUUUCUGAAUGUUCAGAUUCAAGGGAGUGAAGGGAAUGAGUAUGCAGCAAUGGAUUUUGUACCAGUGUCGUGCUGCAGUUGUCUGUAGCAGUUUGCAACACAAAAUCACUAGGAGCCACCUUGUUUCUUGAAUAAUUUUGAUUUAGGUGUAAAUGAGAAGAAUUGUGGCAUUUUAUUUUAUUUUUUUUAAUGCUUCAGUGAGAUUCACACAUUUGCGCUCAAGUUGCCACAUGGCUCAGAUCACUCUAAAGAAUGUAAGUCCCAACCACCAUGUAAAUAACAGUAAUUCUGGUUAUGACUGUCUUCAAGUAAGAUUUUAUAUAUAUAUAUAUAUAUAUAUAUAUAUAUAUGUAUAUGUGUAUAUAUAUAUAUAUAUAUAUAUAUGUAUGUAUGUGUAUAUAUAUAUAUAUAUCCCAGAACUUGAAAGCAAUCUUCAGCAGGCCAAUAAUCCCACUAAAGCAAAACAAAUUAACAGACUUUUAUAUGAGAUUCCUUCAUGCUUUUUAUGGCAAUGAAUGUGCAGUUUACUUUGAGUCCAGAUUCCAACCUGGGCUGUGCUCUGUAGUUUUGCUGUUUGCACCAUAGCUUAUUGAAUUUGUUACGGGGACACCAGUGCAGCCGUUAAAAAGUACCCCUGCAUCACUGUCAGGUCUUUCAGAACCCCCCCGACCCUGUGGAAAGUUGGCCUCUGAUUGGUCACAGAAACACUACUGUCCAAUGAUUUUUCUCUUCAUUAAAAAUGUUGAUGCACAAUAUUAUCACUAUUAAUUGCACUGGCCCUGCACAUAUAACUGACUAAUCUUCGCUUGUAAGAUUGCAGUUAAAGGUCAUUUUUUUGAAGUCUUCUCGAAGUAUGUUUACACUAAACUCUUUCCAUGACUGGUUCUGGCGUUACCGUUGGACUAGAUUGGAUUCUUUGUUGCCACACUGGCAUCACUUGCUCCUGACUUCCUUUCUGCUACCAUUCCAGUGAUGGCACGCAAACUAUCUUCCAUACUUAGAAAGAUGUUGCUCUGUACAUCUGAAUGCCGGUGGCUGGUGCAAGCCUUUGAGUAACAAAGAUCAUCAACUGCUUUCUGUCCAUUCUGCUCUGACUUGAAACCGUUUCUCAGGCUUUAUAUAUUCAGAAUCACUUCCUGCUGUUGGAUCAGUCUUCAUUUUCUCAAACAGAAUAAAAUAAAACAUACAAACUUACUACAAAAAGUUAUGCUUCUUUUCUUUUAUAAAGAACAAAAUAAUAUGAAGCUGUAAUUGCUUUUAUGUGUUAAAAAUAAAGGUUUUUUUUGGGGGGGGGGGGGGGCACAAGGAAUUAUGCAGUAAUGAAGUGAUGAGAUAACUGGUUGUUGUUGUUUUAUUAUUAUUAUUAUUAUUAUUAUUAUUAUUAUUAUUUCCUCAGAGCUUGGUCUUAUUUUGUAAAACUCAACUUAUUUCAUUGACAAGAGCUAUGUAA